CUCCAUCCCAGAUCCUGGGCAAGCGUCGAAUGGUUUCCCGGUUGCACGGCCAUUCAAAAGUCGUUUGUCCCCUCAUCCUCCCAGCUGGCUUCAAAUUUGGCCAUCCCGACGGCAAACAUAUUUUUGUUUCGCACCUCACCCAGUCCGGCACACGCAGUCUAGGUAAGCUGCUUGCUUUUGUCACCAAAGCACGCCGUCGAUACAAACUCUUCUCUCGAACCCGGGACUCGCCAGCCGAGCUGACUGCUUUGACGGACGUCUUGCUUCUUUGGACAUCGCCAUUUAUACUCUCCAACAAAGCAAUUUGGAUUCCCGCCCGCUUUGCCUCUAUUUGCUACAGUUUCUGUGCUGCCUCCAGCUACUUCAACCCUCUACCUCGUGACGCAACCAGUCUUGCUCGCGUCUUCACGUCUUCACGGUCUCCUCUAGACUACAAAAUCUUCUCGCCACAAAAUUUUGUUGCGAACGUGAUGCCCAACAUCUUUACCAUCCAAGCCAAUGUACAUUGAACGAAAAUAACGCCUGAUACACGAAAAAGAAAAGAGGAAAGACAACAACUACUGUCUUGCAACCUUUGGAAACGCUCGAGUCGUGCACCCGUAGCACCACCAUUCCUUCGUCAACACACCAAAUAUAGACUCGGCGGCAUUUAUAUUCAAGCCUUUCGAGUCUUCUCUUUGACCUCAAACCAAUAACCAUUAUCUGUUGAUCCGAGGUUAUUCUCAACGUCUGUUGAGCACUCUCGUCCUUCUACCAUUACUAUGGAAGCCUCAUCGCCAUUGGCGGCUUUGCAUCGCCCUAUGGCCCCGCCAUCUUGGGGUGGCCGAGAUCUCUUCCGAGCUCAUGCUCAUUAUGCAGCCCCUUCAGCUGGACCUGUUGCUAGCCUGCGUGAACAGCUGCAUCGCAGCUCUGAUUAUUUCAACUCCAAGGACAUGAUGGGUUCGUCACCAGCUGCGAGUCUGGCUGCCGACCUCUCGCAAAAUUUUCGUUUGGAUAACGAUGCCAGCCCAAAGUUCCCUACACCCCGCCGUGCUCUUUUCACAGCAACAAUGAUUGGUGGCCUGGAGGGCAGAGACUUUGUGACUACUCCACCGCUGCCGCCUUCUUCCCCUGCUCCCAUGCUGGAACAGAUGGAAGUUUCCCCUCUACCUCACAAGACUCCUUCAUGCAGCAUUAUCCGCGCUUGUUCGCCCACUCCCACGUCUACCCCAGGUGACGAAGAAAUGGUCCUCGACUCUCCGGCUCCCAUUGCCCGCCAUUCAUCUGAAUCCUUGCGACCAUCCUUUAUUGAACGUCGCAUUGCCGCACCUCGACGUCCAUCUCUUACGCGUGUGAAGGGGCACACGUUUAGUGCUGGGGCAUCUAAGUCACACCAAGAACGUCAACUGCCCCCUUUCAGAUUUGGUUCCGAAUCUUCCUUUGGGGCUUCAAGUUUGUCACUUGGAGAAUGUUUUGAUGCCGAGUCACCUCAGCCAGAGACUCGACAACAGCAACCAUCCGACAGCCCUUGUGCGCCCAUUCCCUUGGGCCUUCGUUCUCGCCCUCAGUUUCUCACUGGCUCAAGCUCACGUCAAGCCUCCCCUGUCAACUUCCAUGCGCGGAGACAAUCCAAUCCAUUCUUGAGGAAUCGCAAGCAGAUCCGCCGUUCUCUGAGCAUGUUUGAACAUCCGGCAGAUAUUAUGAAGCCUAAGCCACAGGUCCCUGAGUCUCGUCCGUCCACCCUUAAGUGUGUAAUGGAUGUUGAAGAAUCCAAUGAGCCUGCCCUGCCCCAUUUUCUUUCUGAGGAUCCGGCUGAUACAAUUCCCCGCAUCACCAAAGAAACCAUGUUGGCAGUGUUGGAUGGCAAAUUUGCGGAUCGAUUUGACCAAAAGAUGGUUAUCGACUGCCGUUUUGAAUACGAGUAUAGCGGUGGCCAUAUCGACGGCGCAGUUAACUACAACAACAAAGAACUGCUUACCUCACAAUUGUUCCAGACUCCGAUGGCUGGUCGAACACUACUCAUUUUCCACUGCGAAUACUCCGCCCAUCGUGCACCCCUGAUGGCUCGCCAUAUCCGAGCCGAAGACCGCACCACGAAUGCUGAGUUCUACCCACAGCUCACAUAUCCCGAGGUGUACAUUUUGGAUGGCGGUUACAGCGGCUUUUUUGCCGAUUACCGCAGUCGCUGCUUCCCCCCUGAGUACGUAGAGAUGUCUGAUGAGAAGCAUCAGCGUACCUGCGAACGUGAGAUGGGCCGUCUAAAGUCACGAAAAGGUCUCAACCGUGCGCAGACCUUCGCUUUUGGGCAACGAGAAUCAUGCGUAGACCAGUCACCAACAGCUCCUGGCCGCCCAAUUGCUAGGCAAACGUCAUCUUUCAGCCCUGGCGCUUUUUCUCCUGUGUUUGGUGACCGAACUCACGCUCGCCGCAUGGCUUCUUACUAAGUCAACGCCGACGUCAACUGCACAGCCUACUCACACCCUUCGCUCACUCAGAUCUUCUGCAGCUCAUUCUCCCCCCUAAUGAGCGUGUUAAUGAUGGACUCUACCUCUCCCAGCAUAUCAUCACGGCCUGACACAGGCUCGUAUACGUGUAUUGCAUUAGCAUUUUUCUUCCUAUUGGCAGCUAUUUCUGCAUAGCCGAUCGUCUAACAUCCUAGGCGGCCUGCCUAAUUCAUAUCACUCCGUUUCGAAGCCCGACAUUGCCAUACGUCGUGGUCCUUCGUCUACGUCUGAGCAUGCACCUUUCUGUCGCUCGCACCCUUUCCAUUCGCCUCCCUUUACAGCAUCAUGAAUUUGGUUCGCAUUAUGACAUGUUUAUGCCAGUCGAUAAACAUUGUCUUGUGGGUUUGGCUAACGACUACACAUAUUUUGCAUUGGUAUUGCAUUUCACUAUGCAUGUCCUCCUUCCUGUUACAUUACCUUUUUUCAUGUUGCGCAUGAUUUGCGCUGUCUAUACCCAUUUUCUACGACCUAGUUUCUCAUGUCUCCUUGUUUUACUCUUUUUUUCCGCGAGGGCGAUGGCUAGACGGGUUGCUGGUUCUUUCGCUUUCUUGUGUGCUUACGAUACAUGCUGCUUUCUUUACCGGCGUUUUUUGAUUCAAAAGGGGAUGGGACAGGUGACUGUGCAUUAGCCAAUUAGCCUAGUCUCUUGAUAGUGAGGUGACAUUCCUUAGUUGGUAGCGUUGUACGAAAGAAAUUCAACUUGCAUUCACAAAGUUUCGCACGUGUUGAUCUAAACAUCGGAAUAGCCAUGCUCUCGUCUCGGCUACAGCCACUUUAAUCUGUUCACAUUUCCUCUAUUGUCUCAGGUCAGGGGUCUCUGAUGGGAAGGACCCCUGCGGUUCACGUAUUCGAAAAUGGUCCCUAUAUCGUCUAGCUAUGUAAUCUACCGUUCAUUCCAUAACGCCACUACUAUGAUUUGCCCGCAAAAAAGGAAAAAAAAACAAUUGACCAAGUGAAGUUCUCUACUCGGCCGUAAAGUCCCACUCUUUGAAUGCGUCUCGGACUACUGCAACGUCCUGUGUUUCUUCUUCCUCCGUUUGCACGCAGUCCUGCCAAGAGAGCCGGCUCUCUAAGCCAAGAAGCUUUGCUAAUACACGACGGGCAAAUUGCAAGUCAAAUCGUGUGUCUGGCUCGAGGGGCAUGAAGAUAGACUUAGUCGUUUCCAUGCCCGAGCUGCCGGCAGCCCAUAGCUGAACGUGAAAGAAGUCGCCGGAAACGGCGCGCUGUUCUGGUGGUAAAUCUUGGGUAGAAAAUUUUGGAUAUUUCAGGUUGUCUGCUUCCACCUUGAAAGCUGCCUCUGCAAGGCCCUCCUCAAUCAUUUUAGCUGGCACAGCCAUUGUUUGCCAGAUUAGGUGUACGUUGCGGCCACGACUAAUCUCCCAUGUUACAGCUCCAAGCCUCCUGUCACUUUUGGCUGAAAUCAUGUGUUGAAGGGCUUGGCGGAAACGCACCAUCUCUUUCAAAGUACGUGCUGCCUCGGAUUCCGAAGCUGUGAUGUCCCCUAUAGCCGCAAGUGUCGGAGCGUGAGGCAAUGGGAUGAUGAUGAAGUGGCCGGGGAACUUUAGACCAUACUCGGCAAAGGUAGUUGCUGUUGAUAGGGGACCUUUAGCUGUGGUUGUGUAUGCAUCAUCACCAAUGGUGCAGCACAUGUGUGCUGAGAGGUUGGGAUUGGAUAAGCAGAAGAAGCAUUGAUCUGGUCCUGGAGGAGGCGAUCGCUGUCUCUUUCUCUUGUCGCGAUGCCGAUGAUCACGGUGCUCGGAGCCGAAUCGACUAAAUGAAUCAUCGGGCCGUCCUCGUUUUUUUUCUUUCCGGACAAAAGGAGACUGAGUAGUGCCGGGUGGCAGAGCGUCGUCGGCGUUGUUCAAUGUGAAUGCGUAUAAAGCCUUGGCCUUCGAUGCAUUACCAAACGGUGCCAUAGAUAUGAAUCUCGUAACAAACGUAUCGGCUUCAUUGCCGCUUAGAGAGUUUGAAAAUGGUUCACGCUCGUAAAAGAAUGGCCCCGGCGACGCAGACAGAUGAUACCGAGGCUUCAACAUGUCGCACAGCUCUGCUACUGUGCUUGAGGAAGCGACAACAGUCUGGUUUUCAGCCUCGAGAGUGACUUUUGAACCUGACCAGAUAUUUUUUGGCCACAUAGAAGUAAGCAAUAUAUCGGCUGUAUUGGCACCCUUCAAGCUCCUUGCAUCGUCUUCGGUGUGGAACGGUAGAUACUGUUCUUGCGAUUUGCCUGCGCUGGACGUUUGGUCCAGGAAACCACCUAGCGCCACUAUUCUCAAACCUUCCGCGGUUUUAUUAAUG